ACACGCUCGCGCGUCGGACGUGCUGGAUUUGACCGGUGCCUCUCGCUCGAGCUCGUGCGUGGCACGCGGUCCUUCCACGAUGCUUUUGAAAGAUGCGGCAAAUGCUUGCGAAUGUUGCAGAAAACGGCUAGAGGGCUGCUUGUCUUGCUGUUCAUAGUCUUGGAGUGGACCCGGCCGGGCCUACCAUCCCCACUGAGGCCAAUCUGUGACCUGAGGGUUUUGAAUCACUUCAUUAAGGAAGCACGGGACACAGAAGUGGCUAUGAACUCGUGUAGAGAAGGAUGCAGCCUGUCAGAGUCUGUCACAGUCCCAGAGACCAAGGUUGACUUUGAUGUCUGGGAGAAGAAAAAUUCAUUGGAGCAAGUCCAGGAAGUCCAGUCUGGCUUAUGGCUUCUACAGCAGGCCUUCGGCUUGCUCCAGUCCUCAGUCACAAACUCCGAGCUGCACAGCCACAUAGAAAACUCCAUCAGAAACCUGCUCAGCAUCAACGUUGUGAUGCGUAGCCUCAACAUACAGGAAUAUACCCCACCAGCAAGUGCAGCAGAGCUUGAGGGAACGUGGAUGGUGUCCUCAGCAGCGGAGCUACUUCAAGUUCAUGUUAAUUUCCUGCGGGGCAAAGUGCGCCUCCUCCUUUUGGAUGCACAAGCCUGUCAGCAAGAUGUCAGCUGAUCAGCAGCUGUUUUCACUCCAGGCAAAGCUAAUGUGUGUUGCCAAAAGAAAGACAAGGGGCCUAACACUGCUGACCUGCAGGCUGGCCGCUGGAAAGCACUGUGUACAGAGAAAGGUACAGCCAUCCUCAUGUCUGAGGGGAUCGGAAAGCAAAGGACUGUCCCACCCACGCUUUGGAUGGACAGGUGACUGCACCUUGGACAAUAUGUGACACAAGGAUUUGGUGAAGCACAAACUGACUAAAAUGAGGCCUGAGGGAAGCACUGCUCCAAUAGCUGUUCCACUGCACUCUCUGCACUUUGAGGAUGUACUUCUGUGUGUGUGUGUGUGUGUGUGUGUGUGAGUUCCAAUCUGCACGUAGUGUGUGUGUGUGUUUGUGUUUCCAGUUAGUCUGACCCCUACUCUCACCUUUUUUUGCGUGAAUGGUGGAAUGAAAUGCAGAGAAAAUAUUGAUUGCACCUGGAAAUUGCCAGACUGUGAGGUUGAGACAGACUUUCAUUUCCGAUACCACUGCAAAAAUGAAUGAGGCCUAAUUCAACAAGCCUUUGACUUCAACUAUGCAUUACAGAAACAUUAGCCUGUUCUUUUAGAGUAUUUUAAUAUAUUUUUAAAAGGUGUCACUACUAUUUAUAGAGGUUUUCUACUUUUAGUCUGUUUUUUACAGUUAGACCUAUUAAAUGUUAAUUUUCUGACAUUUACAAUCAUACGCUGCUGUUUCCAGUUUUAUAAAUAUUGUAUUCACCAAAACAGCUGUUAUAGUUCGACACUGCAUGUACCUUUUAAACAGCAGAACUAAACUAUCUGUAGACGUUAAUUUACAGUGAACUAGAAAGGACAAGGUCAGUGAGGUUGAGCGGAGGGCGUGUUACAUGAGAACUGUGAAGCUGUAUUGUCAUUACCUGUGUUUUUGUUGCAGCCUUUCCAACACUCAGCUGGUCUCAGCACAGUGAGAGCGAGACAGACUGGAACACACUGUUUUUACAAUUAUAUCCUGUGAGGCUUUAAUUGCAAAUAGUUUUCCAGAAUGUGGCGCUGCACUGUCUCCUCUUUCCCUCUGUUGUUCGUCAUCACGCAGCCGGCAGGCAAUCAGUUAGUCAAGGGAACUCGAGGAUUUCUGUAAAAAGGAAGCUCAACUAAUUCACACUAGUUAAGUGCUCUUCCUUGUUUCUUUCCGUAUUUUUAUAUCUUUUGCGCAAGAGCAAGACAUUAUUAAGGAUGUUUUUAAGGAUGUUUGUACAUUUUCUUUCCUGUUGUUUUGUAGUUUUGUCCCAUCACUGUAUAAUUUGCUAUUUAAAUACAAAAUAUUAUUCUUGUAUAAAGAAAGGAUAGAGGGAAACACAGCAGGAGGAAGUCUCUAAUUCAUUCAUUCACUCUUCCUAUUUAGGGUAGUGGAUUUGAACGACAUAGGUCCUACAGACAAUUAUUCGCAUCAUCGAGUUCAAAUAAUCGUGACUUCCAUGACUUUAUUCAAAUGCAGAAUUCAAAGAAAAAUGCAUUCUCAUGUUGAAAUCAAAACAUGGUCUACAACGGAAGGUUCACAAAGUCCAUUUUGAAGUAAACACCAUGAAUAAUAUUAAACAGUACUAAACAAAAGGUAAAUAGA